AUGGUCGCGGUGUUGAAACGCGCGAUUAUGCUUGCAGCAGCAGCUGUAUCCUUCUCGGUCAAAUCAUAUGCCCCCGAACGACUACUACACGAAUCAAUAUGGCAAACAACAGCAGCGAUUUUCCUUGGUAUACUCGCCGUUCGAUUCUUCUGGGCCAGCUUUAUCUAUCCUUUCUUCUUGAGCCCUUUGCGUCACCUUCCACACCCUAAACAGACAUCACUUCUGUUUGGACAAUUUGGCAGGAUCCUCAAGGAGCCCACCGGGUAUCCUCAACGAGAAUGGAUGGAAGAUAUCGAGAACGACGGAUUGAUCUACUACAGGAGUCUCUUCAAUACAGAGAGAGUUAUGGUGACCACGUCCAAGGCCCUCAGCGAAGCAGUAACGUUGAAGAGCUACGACUUGAUCAAACCACCAACUUUGAUAAAAGGCCUGGCUCGUAUCCUUGGAUAUGGUGUUCUCUUGACUGAAGGCCAGGAACACAAGGCUCAGCGUAAGAACCUCACGCCGGCGUUCAGCUAUCGCCACAUCAAAGACUUGUAUCCCGUUUUCUGGGACCAAUCACGCGACAUGAUCAUGGGCAUCGACAAGGACAUUGCGAGCAAGACCAACGAAACUCAUGCUGAGGAUGUGAAAGCAAUCAGCAACGAAGUCAAUGUUGAUGGCUGGACCUCGCGUGCCACACUCGACAUCAUUGGUGUAGCUACGAUCGGAAAGUCGUUCAACGCCAUAGAAGAUCCCAACAGCAAGCUAUACCAAACCUAUCAGAUUAUAUUCAAACAGGACUGGCAAACACGUCUUGUUGGACUUUUGAAUGUUUUCCUACCUUUCUGGUUCCUCAGAGCAUUGCCGAUACCGCGUAACAUCAAGGUGGAAAGGGCAAGACUGUACCUUAGCAAGAUCUGUUUCGACAUGCUUGCAGAAAAGAGGUCAAAUAUCAAUACUGCUCAAGAGAAGGAUCAACCGGAUGAGGCGGCAGGUGGUGUCGACAUCCUAAGUGUUGCAAUGCAGAGUGGAGGUUUUACUGACCAGCAGAUUGUUGAUCAACUGCUUACUUUCCUUGCCGCUGGCCACGAAACUUUUCCCGAAGUACAGCAGAAGUUGCGCGACGAGCUGCGUGCAUCAGAUCUUCCCGACAUUCGCGACCCGAGUGCGCAAGUCACAGCCGAGCAGAUCGAACAACUUCCGUACCUUCAUGCCGUGACCAACGAAGUUUUGCGAUACUACUGUCCUGUACCGAUGACUAUCCGUGUCGCGGCGAAGGACGUUGUUCUCUCUGGCCAAUUGAUUCCUGAGGGUACCACUGUUAUCACGCCAUUGAUAGCCGCAAACCACAACUCGUCGAUGUGGAGCGAAGAUCCAAAAGUGUUCAACCCAGACAGAUGGAUGGGGCCUGGUAGAGCCAACACUGGUGGAGCUGAGAGCAACUAUUCAAACAUGUCCUUCUCUCAUGGGCCAAGGGGGUGUAUUGGGGCCAGUAAGUGGGACCGGAGAUUCAGAGAUGUGAAUGCCAUGCUGAUGAGUUUUCCCAGGUNNUUUGCGAAGGCCGAGUUUGCCAGCCUGUUCGCCGCUUGGGUACUGGGUUUCGAGACGACACUGGUUGAUCCAGACAUGAAGGCUGAUGUGACUGGCGGCAUCAUCAGAAGAAUCAAGGGAGGUCUUCGUGUCAAGGUUGCGAAACCAAAGUCAUGA